UCUCAACCUCACAUUAAGAUUCAAGAUACGGUUCCCUUCGACUUGGCCUCAACUCCCAAUUUUCACGGCGGAGAGAGAGAGCGAGAGACCGAAAAUGGCUGCUACAACCCUUUUCUCCGCUCCGAUAACUCCCCAUCAACACCCAAUUUCUAUUUCCUCUUUUGGUUCUAAAAGUUCGCGGGCCCAAUCUCCAUUUAUACUCCUCCGAGGCCGAGCUUCCUCCUCAACUUCCAGUUCCACUGUCGAUAAACAAGAAGAAGAGGAAAGUAGCUCAUCUGACAUCCUUACUAACCAAUCAGGAGGUUGUAAGGCAUGUGGGAAAGCAGAGAUAGGGUGGGGAUGCAAUGGUGAAGGAAGGAUUCAAGGUGGAAUUGCAACCGUACCAGGGUUUGGUUGGUGGCCUAUAAAGGCUUACAGGCCUUGCCCUGAUUUUGUGGCCACCGGUGGUCGCUACCGCCGCCAAGGCCAGAGCAUGGAUGAAGUUGCUGGCUUUGGGAGCGUCCCAAGAAUUUCAGCCACCACCACCACCUCCUCCUCCGCAGCCACUGAAGAAACUCAAUCAAGCGACAAGAAACAAGGGCCAAAGAAAUUUAAGAGAUGAAGAGAAGAGAAGAUCUUCAAACAAGUUGUUUUCAAUUCAAUGGGUUAGGGCUACGAUAUCAAUUCGAGAUUGUUAUCAUAUAUGUGUAUAUCUGAAAUGAAUGAUGCCAAUAUCACAAUAUGUAAAGCCUGUAUGGGACAACAAUGAGAAAUGACCUAAAAUAUGUUGUAUUUGUAGACAAAAUUAGGUCCAUCUUGUUUGACAAAACUAUUGAAUGGUGAAGAC